AUGCGACGUUUUGUAGUUCAUGUCCAUAUGAAUAGACAUAAACAUAAUUCUAAAGAUAUGGUGUCAAUGAAGAGUAAACAUAAAGUAUCAUGUUCGACACCAGAACACCAUGCAGAAUCACCAUCAAGAGAUAGUGAUUCAAUAUAUGACUCAGACACAGCCAGUCCUGUGCCAUUCCUUUGCACCCAAGAUGGCGCUGAAGGUGAAACAGAUGUAGUAUGGAACUUUUAUACACCAAAAGCGAAGGAGACUGCUUAUUCACGUACUAAAAAUUCUACACCUGUCAGCCGAAGACCAAAACGUUCAUUAAAACCUAAAUUAAUAGAAAAACAGUUACCAAAACGAAGGCCAGUUAGAUUACCUCAAAAAAAGACUGAGUUAUUCCAAGAACUGAUAGAAUUAAAUCAAAAUUUAGAAGAGUUAAUGGCCAAAAAGUCUCAAAAUAACUGUCCAGAGAAACUAAAUUCAGGAAGUGAAGAUGAUGUGUUCAAUGAUUCUCCAGAAUUUUCUCCCAAAAGUAGACUAAGGAGUAAUUCUCUAUGUUUAAGAAGAAACGUGUUAAGUUCCAACUUUGUCAAGCCAGACACAGAUGCAGCUUUAGAAUCAGAUGAUUCUAUUAAUGAAUGUCUAAUAAAAGCUAGUCAAAUAGUAGAAGAAAAUAUCAUAAAUGAACCAAUUGCAAAAAGACCAUGCUUAAAUUCAAAGUUAAACAACAAAACGCUAAAAUCUGACUUCAAUUUGAAAAUGAACCAAGAUUCAAUGGAUGCAAUAUUAAAUAGUAUAAAAUUGGAAUCACCUGUUGUUAAUAAAGUGAAAAAGAAAUUUGAUUCGCCCAAGUUAAAUAAUGAUUCAUUUGAUAGUUUAAUUGGUAAUUUAAAUGAUAGCGCACUGGAAAAAUUGACUCAGGCACCAGCUAAAACAGAUACAAUGACAAUAGACACUAAACUCAAUGUAUCCAGGGACAGCAAUAGUUGGACUAUAAAAGAGUUGAUUGUGCAUGACGAUAAUAGUCCAUCUUCAAAGUCCUUUUUUGGACGUCAUAAUUCAAUGCCAAUAUCUCCCAUAGUAACAAAUACAAAUUUACCUUCAACUAGUGGCAUGGUAUUUGGAAGAUACAAUUCAAUGCCGUUUGGAAAAGAUGCUAAUGCAGAAACAGCAGGCGGUGAUUCUCCUAUAAGAUGCACACAGGAAGAAAUAAAGAAAAAACACCAGCUUGCUAGAGAAAAACUGUUGGCUAAAAGGCUUCUACCAUUCACAGCAUCACAGAAGAUAGUUCCCUCUACUCUAACCUCACAACCAGAUAUUUCUAAGAAAAUAGAUGAACCCUCAAAAAGCAAAGAAAUAGCUGUUGCUAGAAAAUUCCAACUCAGAGUCCCCAGUACUGUUACAAGGUCUCAAAAGCCACCUAUUGAAAUUACCCAAGAGAAAACGAAUCAUAAUGGUUCAGACAUAAAGUCUAUUAUUGAAAAGAAAAGACAGGAAGCUUUAAUGAAGUUAAGGCGCCGACAAGUUCAGAGCAAAAUGAUAUAA